AACCUCAAUCACAAGUCCUAGUUCACCUCUAUCAGUAUGAAGCUUCUCAUUCUCGUGGUAUCGGUCCAGCUAGUCGCUCUAAUCCGGGCGGAUAUUCCCGGAACCUUCCUAAACCGUACCACCCAUCGAGGUGUAGAUCCAUCUGCUGCGGCAGCGUCUUCGGACCAGCAGUGCGAUGGCCUGAGCUAUUACACCACCUGCACUCCCGGCAUGUGUGAAAUGGUUCAGGUGUGCUUGGGCGCCUCAACGGAGUAUCGCUACUGCAGCAUGGUGAAUCCCGAUAAGCCGUUUUGCAACAAGGGCGAGUGUUCGGAUGUGCCCGACUUUAGUGGCGGCUGUGAACCUAAUCAUUUGUGGUGUACCGGAGAGGGCUGGUUCCCGGAUCCUAACGUUUGCUGGCUGUAUCACUACUGCGAAGAAUUGAACGUAAUGUCCGACGUGGCCAUGUGUCCUGCGGGAUAUGUUUACAAUCCGGAAACUAGUAUGUGUAAAAAGAAGCUAUCCGACGAAGACUGUAUCCGGAUUGAGUGUGACGCCGAUGAGGUAUUGUCUCCGUACGGUGAGAGUAAACGUUACUUUGGAUUCUGUCAGCUGGAAGGGGCUAUGUCGAUCAACAUCCGGAUGUACCAGUGUCCAGAUGAUACCAAGUUCAACGGCAAAGGAUGUGUGUACGAGUGUACGGCAGUAGGAAGAUUCGGUGUAGAUUCGGAUCCAAGUGUUUUCUAUACUUGUUUUGAGGUUGGAGGUGAAGCAAUGCUAGAAAAGUGUCCUGUAGGUAAAACGUUUGACAAAUCCAAAGGAGUCUGCACAAUUCCUCCACCAACAAAUUAGUACCUUUAUCUUGAA